AUGUCGAAGACUACUCAAGAGUUCACUCUUGAUCUUCGUGUAGAAGCAUUCGGCCACUUGUUGCUCCUUGUUGCAGAUAUUGCCCUUAUUGGCUUAGCCGUCAUGGGCCAAAAUUUAAUUCUUAAUAUGAAUGAUCAUGGAUUUGUUGUUUGUGCCUACAACCGUACAACAGAUAAAGUUAAAUCUUUCUUGGCAAAUGAAGCAAAAGGCACAAAAGUCAUUGGUGCAUAUUCACUGAAAGAAAUGGUGAACAAAUUAAAAUCACCAAAAAGAAUAAUGCUUUUAGUGAAAGCUGGUGCAGCUGUGGAUGCUUUUAUUGAACAACUAGUACCAUUAUUGUCUGCUGGAGAUAUUAUAAUUGAUGGUGGUAAUUCUGAAUAUCAAGAUACUGAAAGAAGAACUAAAGAAUUAGAGAAAAAGGGAAUUUUAUUUGUUGGCAGUGGAGUUAGUGGUGGUGAAGAUGGUGCUAGAUAUGGACCAUCUUUGAUGCCAGGUGGAAAUCCAAAAGCAUGGCCACAUAUUAAACAGAUCUUCCAGUCAAUAUGUGCCAAAGCCAAUGGAGAACCUUGUUGUGAUUGGGUUGGAGAAACAGGUGCAGGUCAUUUUGUAAAAAUGGUACAUAAUGGUAUUGAGUAUGGUGAUAUGCAACUUAUUUGUGAAGCAUAUCAUAUUAUGCGAAAUGGUUUAAAACUUGAUCCAAAAGAAAUGAGUCAGGUCCUUGAUGAAUGGAAUAAAGGAGAACUUGAUUCAUUUUUAAUUGAGAUAACUCGAGAUAUUUUGAAAUAUAAAGAUGACAAAGGAUAUUUAUUAGAGCGGAUUAGAGAUACAGCUGGUCAAAAAGGGACUGGAAAAUGGACAGCUAUUGCUGCAUUAGAUUAUGGAGUACCAGUAACUCUAAUUGGAGAAUCAGUAUUUUCUAGAUGUCUUUCUGCUUUACAAACUGAAAGAGUAGAAGCAAGUUCAAUAUUGAAAGGUCCUGAAACUGUUUAUCAAGGUGAUAAAAAGAAGUUGUUGGAACAUUUAAAGAAAGCUCUCUAUGCUUCCAAAAUUAUUUCAUAUGCACAAGGAUUUAUGUUACUGAGGGAAGCUGCUAAGGUUCAUAAUUGGAAUUUGAAUUAUGGUGGUAUAGCUCUUAUGUGGCGUGGAGGAUGUAUUAUAAGAAGUGCUUUCUUGGGAAAUAUAAAAAUAGCAUUUGACAAAAAUCCCAAACUUUCUAAUUUAUUGUUGGAUGAUUUCUUUGCUAAUGCAAUGAAAGAAUGUCAAGCUAGUGCUAGAAUAGUAGUAUCUACAGCUGUUACACUAGGCAUUCCAACUCCUGCUUUAUCAACUGCUUUAGCAUUCUAUGAUGGCUACAGAACUGCUAGACUUCCAGCAAAUUUGCUUCAAGCACAGCGGGACUACUUUGGAGCACAUACUUAUGAAUUACUUGGUGAGGAAGGAAAAUUUGUACAUACAAACUGGACUGGACAUGGUGGAAAAGUAUCUGCUUCUACAUAUGAUGCAUAAAAACUAUUAAUAUAUUUUUAUAAUAGAAUGUAUAUGUGGUGUGAAGUUGAAAUUAUUG